UUUCCAAAUGUAUGCGUUCAUUUUGCUUCCUCUUUUUUGUUUCUGCUGAAAUUAAUUCUGGUCUUUUCCUGAAGAAAAGAGAGAGUGAUGGACGCUAAAACGCUAAUACAGAGACAGUCUUAUUCACUUCUCAAAGAUUUAUGCAGCAACAACUGAUGAAGCAGAAAUCCUGAUUCAUUAGACCCGGCUUUGUUUUCAGUCUUCAACUGUCCACUUAUGGUCUCCCAAGCAUGUAACCACAUGGUGCAGGGCAUCAUAUUAAGCAUGGAUUAACUGUGAAGACCAAAAUAAUUACAAUUGUGGUUGACCAUAAAAGCCCAGAGAGUCCAGGCCUUCUAUAUUAUUAAACAUACCAUACCAAAAAAGACUUGAAAAUCUUUGAAAAGCAUUCUGGAUGAACACAGGUCUACAAGCUAUGGCACAAUACAGGAUCCAAGCUCUGAUCUCAGUGACAAUUGUCAUUUCGAUGUGUCAGUUCAGCAUGAGCUACAGUUUCAAGAAUUGUAUAGAAUUUCCUGGCUCAAACCAUACAACCUUCAAAUGCACUGAACGCCAAGCUCAGACAUUGAGUGCUAUUGUGGGUGACUUACCAAAUUCUGCUACAAACGUUUCAAUCUUCUACUGCAAAGUUGACGAAAUUCCUCAAAAUAGCUUCUCUGGCCUGCCGAACCUCAGAUUUCUGCAACUAAGCAACAAUCACAUUAAGGACAUCAAGAAAGAUGCCUUUUCUAACCUACAUGAUCUUCGCAUGCUUAACUUGUCCAUCAACGACAUAGUUUAUCUGGAUUCGUCCAUUUUCCAAGACCUUCAGACCCUCAGAACUUUGUUCCUGAAUGGCAACAGACUGACAAAUAUAUCUUCUGACCUAUUUUCUAGCUUAUCAGAAUUAGAGACUCUGGAUCUAAGUACAAACCAGUUAAAGAACUUCUCAGCAUUGGUGCACUCCAUAUCAAAGCUGAAAAGGCUGAAAUACCUGGACAUUUCCUUCAACAGACUUAUCACUUUGCUACACUCAGCCAACCUGCCGCAGUCACUUUCCCAUCUUUUUCUUGGUCAUAACAACCUAACCACACUGGAAUGCAGAAAUGACUUUCUAAGCAGAGUCAAACUGCUGGAUCUCUCUUACAAUGAAGGUCUAUCAGCCCAAGCUUUCUUUGGUCUGAACCUGAGCAGUCUGACAUACUUACAUUUGCAUUCAACCAACAUUUCUAUUAUAACACUCCUUAAUCAUACUAAUGUGAUUCCUUGGCAUGUAGACUUCUCAGGUUUGGGAUUAAAAGAGCCCCAAAUGAUAGUUUCACUGUGCAAACAACUGUCAUACUAUCCAAACAAACAUAUGCAAAAAAUGCUCCUUCAGAGCAAUGAUCUGAAAGUUCUUAAUAGUAAGACAUUUUCUGACUGUCCUACUAUAACUAAUAGUUUGGACCUUUCAUUCAAUCAGCUGAAAAGCAUAGGCUGUUUGAAAUUCCUUGUAAGACAAAAAUAUCUUGUGAAACUCAAAAUUGAACAUAACCACUUUUCAGAGCUUGAAAGUUGCAAAAAUGGCACAAAAUUCCUCCACUUGAAGGAACUGAGCUACCGCUACAAUCGCAUUCUUAAAGUGAAUUCUUUUGCUUUCAGCCAUACGCCAAAUCUGACAACUCUUCAACUGAAUAUAAACAUAAUUGCCUACUUGGAUCGCAAAGCACUCAGUGGACUUAAAGACCUUCUUACGCUCCGUCUGGACAACAAUCUUCUGACUGAUCUCUAUAAUGAGAGCUUUGAGGACCUUCACAGUCUUCAGACACUUAAUUUACGUAAUAACCAAAUUUCUGUCAUAUUCAACAACACAUUCUACUCCCUCAGUCAGCUAAGGAUUUUAGAUUUAGGAGGAAACAAGAUAGCACAUUUAAUGCCCCUAGCAUUUGUAGGGCUAGACAGCUUGAAUAAUCUUUACUUAGACCGCAAUCGUCUAGCAAAAAUUGAUGUUCAGCUGAUUGGAAGCCUGCAUCGCACACUGAACGUGCUAGAUUUACAAGGCAAUUUCAUCCAUUAUGCUAAACAACAUGUAAACUCCCCAUUUGUGAAUUUAACAAAGCUGACUGACUUAAAGUUAGAUGGACAGAUGCCAUAUGGCAUCAACUUAUUACCACAUGCAUUUUUUCGUGGUCUCACAUCCCUGAAAAGUCUUUACCUCAGUAACAACCAUAUCUCAUCUUUUAGCACUGACACAUUUGAUGACCUAAUAAACUUAAAAUUUUUAACAUUAGAUGACUCAUGUGUUGGCAUAACCCAACUCAAACCAGGAAUUUUCAAAAAUCUUCACAAGCUGGAGAAAUUAACAGUUGAGAACAUGGGCAUUGAGUCAUUCUCAAAAGAGGUAUUUGGCAAUCUCACAGGACUGAAAGUAGUGCAUCUUAACCGCAAUGCCAUGCAGACUUUGGAUGUGGACUUGCUGGAAAAUCUGACUAAUCUACAGUAUCUAGAUGUUAGAAAUACUCCUCUCAGUUGCAACUGUCCCAAUAGCGAGCUAAAGAAUUGGACAAAAAACAACCAAAGGGUCCAGGUUAUAUAUCUUUACAACCAUACCUGUCCAGGUGACAAAAAUUCAAGCUUUUACAACUUUGACACCCAUGUAUGCUCAGAUUUUGGAGUGUACUGGUUUGCCUCUACUUAUGUUGUAACACUGCUACUAACAUUACUGCCACUACUUUAUGUCAAGCUCUACUGGAAAUUUAAAUAUGGCUAUUACGUCUUCCGCUCUUGGUUUGGUGAGCAGUGGCGUCGAAUUCGAGAAAAGGAAGAGAAAUGCACGUAUGAUGCUUUCAUCUCCUACAACUCGGCAGAUGAGAAAUGGGUGAUGGAGGAGCUUCUCCCAAACCUUGAAGGGAGUGGGUUCCGACUUUGCCUCCACCACCGGGACUUUGAGCCGGGCCGCAAUAUAGUCGACAACAUUGUGUCAGCGGUUUACAACAGCCGCAAAACAGUGUGUGUGGUCAGCCAGAACUUCCUCCAUAGUGAGUGGUGCUCCCUAGAGAUCCAGUUGGCCAGCUACCGUCUUUUUGACGAGAUGCAGGAUGUGCUCUUACUGGUCUUUUUGGAGUCCAUCCAUGAGCGACAGCUCUCUGCCUAUCACCGUAUGAGAAAAGUUAUGCUGAAAAAGACUUAUCUGCAGUGGCCAGGACUCGAAUGCACAGAUCCCGUCAAGGCACAGGGGCUGUUCUGGAAGCAGCUUAAAAGAGCUUUAAGAAGCAGCAACUGUAGACGCCAAGAUGAAGAACAGAUGGAGGAGAAUGUACACAUUGGGCAGCAGAAAGAUGAUGCAAAAGCAGAGGAAAGAGAAUAUUGUAAGAACCAGGAACAAAUGGAUGAUGAGCCAUAUCCCCUUAUGCCCUAACAUCAGACUUAUGCUUCAUCUCUAGUCUCUUUUCUUCCAAAGAAAUCAUGAAAGUAAAUAAGCCUGUAUUAGACUGCAAACAUUUGGUACCAAUUUCUUUAUUAAUAACAUUUUUCUUAAAUGAUUAUUUACUUCAGUGUGCACUGGCAAGAGAAGUAUGAACAAUGAACAGAAUGAAAAUGGCAUAAAUCCUGUUAAAUAACAUAAAUCUGACACAAAAUAUCAGCUGUAAGCAACAACACCAAAAAAGAUUUUGUGAGAAAUAAAAAUGAAAAUAAAAUAACACUUUAUUAUAAA